UGUCCGUCUUAUGUGCCCUGCUAACUUGAGGUUUAACCCUGCAACCAGCCAGUGCGACUGGCCAUCCAAAGUCCCAUGCGACAAAAAUGCACCAAGAAACACCUUUUCUCAGCCAAGGCAGCAGCCAAUGCAACGGCCCAUGCAAAGACCAAUGCAACAGCCAAUGCAACAGCCCAGACAGCAACAGCCAAUGCAACAACCAAUGCAACAACCAAUGCAACGGCCAAUGCAACAACCAAUGCAACAGCCAAUGCAACAGCCCAGACAGCAACAGCCAAUGCAACAACCAAUGCAACAGCCAAUGCAACAACCAAUGCAACAACCAAUGCAACAGCCAAUGCAACAGCCCAGCAACAGCCAAUGCAACAGCCAAUGCAACAACCAAUGCAACAGCCUAUGGAACAACCAAUGCAACAGCCAAUGCAACAGCCAAUGCAACAGCCAAUGCAACAACCAAUGCAACAGCCUAUGCAACAGCCAAUGCAAAAAAUGCAGCAAAUGCAACAGAAUCUUAAACAGGGGAGUUGGAAAAAGCACCAGUCGUCCAUGAAUCAAGGCUUGGGGAUGGUGAAUACUGGUCUGAUGGGAGGCAUGGGGAUGCCAGUGAAUGGUGGUUUGAUGAGCGGGGGAGUCGGCAUGGAGAUGAGGAGUAUGAACACCAAGGGUUCCGGGAUGAUGGGCUCUGGAGUUACACUCUUCCCAUCCUUCUUGAACAUCCCCUCGAAGAAGACGUCUUUCAACAUGGGCAUGAACUCAGGGAUGAUGAAUGGCAUGAUGAAUGGUAUGAUGAAUAAUGGCAUGAUGAAUAAUGGCAUGAUGAAUGGUGGUAUGAUGAAUGGUGGUAUGAUGAAUGGUAUGAUGAAUGGUAUGAUGGGUAACGGGAAUAACCAAAAGAAAUCCAACUCCCAAAUGAGCCCAAUCCUCAUCCCCUACCCAUUUCCUCCCGAGUGGUUCGGCGGCAAGAAAACGACGACAGCAUCCCCAACCUCAAGCACCACCAAUGCCACCACCACCACAACGUCAAAGAAGAAGGGCAACAACAUCUUCUUCAUCUCCAUGGUGCCCCCCAUGGUACCCGUGGACCCCCUCCUGCCUCCCUGUGCCCUCACGUCCUCCUGCUCCGGGAUGCCGCUGUGUAAUGAGACGAGAAGCAACAACUGCGUCAACCCCACCCUCAGCAAUCUGCUCUUAAGAAGCGGCAACACCAGAACGUCUUUCCAGGGGGCUACGUCUAUAAGCAGCAGUGCAGGACUCAGGGUCGGCGCAGGUCUUGGCGGUCUCAGCGGUUUCAAUACUCUUGGUAGUCUGAGUGGUCUGCCUGGUCUAAGUGGCCUCACUUCCAUCCUUCAGUCAACCGGAAGUACACGUCAAGGUCAAGGACAGAACUGCCGGGCUGUGAGGAGCGGACGAGUUGAGAUCCCGAUUACUGCACUUGGUUCCAAUCGCUCAUGGACGACGGAAGAAUGUCUGGCUAUGGAGACUUUGCUGAAUGCUGUCAUCACGACCUCGGCAGAAAACCGAUCAAGCCAGACGUCUCAGGGACGCCAAGUGACGCAACGUACAGCAUGUACUGUCACAGUUCCCAACGUCGCAGUCAGAUGCGCGUAA